CUUUUUCCAAGACCUUAGGAGUGACAGAGUAUCAAGUACUUUGUCGAUCACGACACGAGUCCUACCACAAUCUACUCGGUACCGGUCACCAAACGAAUGCCAAAAGUGCUACAUUUACGAAGCUGCACUGUCCAUCCAAACCUGACUGCGCGCCUUCAUUCCACAAACACCACCACCACCAGCCAAACCCUCUCAACCCGAAGACCCCUUCUGACUCGCACAAAUUCAAUCCGCGCCUCACCGUCAGUUUCCGUCACGACUCGGAGACCUUACCGGACCACCUCGCCCACCAUGUCCGACGACGCCAGCUACACUUCAUUUCUGGAAAAGGCCAACGCCUCUCCUCAAUCGCAGUCACAGGGUAAAACGCACGAACAGGCUUCUUCGACCUCGGAACGACGUACUCAGUUCGACCCUUCCACAUCGACAGCCUCCGAAUCCGCUCUGCCUGCAUCCCUGCGAUCACUCCCCGACACGACCUACACGUCAGACACCGACUCACCCUUUGAACCCGUGGUGUUUGACUACGCAGACUCGGCCCUCCCGACCGCCCAACAGUUCCAAAAGUGUCUGCAACGCAAAACCCACGGCGCCGCGUCUUCCGGAUCGGUCGAAGAGUUGAGCACGUCCGAAUUCGACCCGCGAGGCGAGUACAAGGACAUCAUCGUCCGUGUGGAACAGGCCGGCAAGAGUUCAAAAGUCAGAGUGUUCAGGGUGGAGGUCGGUGCCACGAGGGUCGAGUACUACAUCAUCACGGUGGGUGACAGGAUGUUGGUCGGAGUGGUGACAAAGGCCGUGGAGAGUUGAAAAAAAAGGCGUCCUGUCUCUGCCCACACAAAAACACUUUUCAAAUAACAUUGUACACGGAGUAGCCAAAAGGUGUUUUGAACAUGACGUCUCGGAUCAGUAACAAUACGAGAAACCCAAUGGAACACUCCAUAGUCCAUACGAGUUGGAAAGCAUUAAUCUUCUCGGACACGACCGUAAUAGUAGUAAUGGCAAUGGGCGCAAAGAAAACAAAAGUCUUGGUCUUCUAACUUGUAGACAUCUAGUAGAGCCCCCGAACAUAUAUUUCCAUCGAUGAAACUUGAACGAUGUUUCAGAUCAGAUGAGAAGGGAAAGGAAAUCUUUAUGUUCCCGUAGUAAGGAGUACGUACCAUCUCCUGCAUUGGCGAAAACGAUGGCAAAUAUUGAAGUUCUGGCGCUGAAAAAUGGUUGUUGAUCAAGGCUGCUCCAGUAGUGCAUAUGUUUGGAUAUAC